GGUCGCACAGGAACUGUUAUUGGCAAAUAUACUGCGUGCCCUUGUCAAGCAUGGGGAAUAAUUCAAGGAAACUCACCCUGAAAUGGGGAAAGUUUCUAGUUUUGACUACGGUUUUCACGACGUGGGUUUCAAUGUGCGACUCGGAAAUGGCCCCUCCUGAUCCAAGAAAAAACGAAAUUGAUGCACGCAUCGGUUUGGAGAAAAACCAAGACGACAACCCAGUCCUUUUUUCUGCAAUCGGGAAGAAUCCUGUCUCAAAAUCAGAACGAUAUUGGAAACGAGUCAGACCUGAAGUAACCGUGCUGAAUGUUGGAAAAGGUUUCAAACCGACCAUCGGCUACUUCGUUGCACCCCGUGACGGAAUUUACUUAUUCAAUUCUGCAGUAUUGAACAAUAACAUGAGUAAUGUACAAGACCGGUUUCUAACCAUGACGCAUCUCACUCACGCGGAUUGGGAUUCCAAGAUUUCUUUUGGAUUUUCUCAACCUGUACUUGCCACUGGACACACCAUCGUGGAAAUGAAGAGAAGGGAUGUCCUGGAGUUUUACGGCCGAGUAGAUAACCAAUUGUAUUAUUCUCAACAUGAAAUGUACGAGAAGAACGAAUUCUGGCGAUUUACCGGAAGACUGAUCGCGGAAAGUGAGGACACCGACGCGGUUGUGUUCUCAGUCGGAGGAAUACCCGCCCUAGCGUCGCCUGCUGAAGAAUGGUCACUCAUGUCCUUUGAAAAGGUUUUCCUCAACAUUGGUGGUGGAAUGGACAACAACAACACUGGGACAUUCGUCGCACCAGUUUCCGGUGUUUACCACUUCCUCCUGCAAUUCCUUGCAAACAACGCGGGGGCUGACGUUAGGCUUGAGAAAGGUGGACUGGAUUUAUCAGGGGCAUUCGUAGGGGACUAUGAUCACAUCACUAUGGAAUUCGGUGCGAUCACGGAAUUGGCGAAAGGAUUCCGGCCAGAAAUGGCCGUGAUGAAUGUCGGACAUGGUCUAAAGCCCAGCAUUGGAUACUUCGUUGCGCCACGGGCCGGAAUUUACUUGUUCAAUUUCGUAGGAUUGAUCCAUGACCUCGAAAUUCACCUGCGUGCAAGAUGGGUUAAGCUGCAACAUUUGGGGGAAAUUCUAAAAGAUUCCAUCUUGCGCUGGAACCUCAAAGACCCGAUGACCCUCGCUGGUCACAACAUGGUGGAAAUAAAGAAGGACGAUGUCGUGGAAUAUUUCGGCAGGAUAGAUUCCUCUACCCCAGACUAUUUCAAGUCCCUUGGAUUUCUGCAUAACAACUGGUGGCGACUCAGCGGGAGACUGAUUGCUGAUCCAAAUGACCUGGAUGCAGUUGCCUUUUGCGCAGCAGAUAUACUCACCAACUCCAUUUCGUCUCCGAGAGAAUGGAUUAAUGUACCAUUCAUGAACGUAUGGUGGAAUCUUGGCGAAGGAUUUCACAAAAAAGAUGGAACCUUCAUUGCCCCCAAAUCCGGCUUAUAUCACUUCUUCCUGCAUUUUGAUGGAUUGGGGGGUCCUCAGGGGGAGAUGAGGAUCGAAAAGAAGGACAUGGUGUUGGCUACAGCAGUGAUGGGGAAGUUCGAUCGACACACUAUUGAAAUUGACGCCAUCACAAAAUUGGACCAGGGAGAAUCUGUUUUUGUGAGGGCGUUUGGAGGCAUCUCAACACAGCCCCAAGGACUGAAAUUCUCAGGAUUCCGCGUCUGA